CCGAGAAAUGAAUAAAAACAGUCACUAGAAAUAUGGCGUAGUAAAGAGACUGUAGAUAUGGAAGUAAAAGGGGCAGUUGGAACUUUGUGUAGGUUAUUGGCGGCCGUCGGACUCCAGCAUGUCCCAACACCGUCGACUUUUAGACGGGCGAAGUUUGGUGAAGUUGAUGUGGAGGAUCAAUUCUGGCAGCUGCUAGCCAACAUUCUUCAGACAACGAAAACUGUAUCCUCUGUCGGAAGUGCACAGAUGCAAAAUGCCUCUGGUUGUAGGAAACUGGUGAGUGCAGGCCUGUGGCAGAGCGGUUACUAUGCUGGCUGGAUGUACGGGAAGGAAGAGGAAGGAGUUUCCAGCAGGGAACUUCUUCUGGCGCUCGGCUGGCAGCUUGCCUCAGGAAUAAUGGAGAAACUUUUGACACAGCGAGUACAACAACUGGACACAACAGUACUCACACCCACAGUUAUGAAACUUGAGCUUUCUUCGCAGCCUGAAGUCAAGUACACUGACUUGAAAAGACUUCAGUGGCUCAUUGGCUUCUUGAGACAUCAGGGCCAGGUGCUGCUGUCGAUGCAGGAUGAGCAGGCCUUGUUGCUCCAUGCGGUUUAUUCUGCCGGAGCCAGUCGACUUCCUGAAUCGUCGUCUUCUUCAGGUCAAAGCUGUACUGUGCUGAGUGAGAGUUGUGUUGGUGUGCAGGAGCUUUGUGACCUUCUUGAGUUGUACUUAAACUGGAAGAAGGCGGAGACUGUUUUCUGGACUUGGAUGGACAGUGUGGAGAUUUGCCAUGUGAAAGACGCUGUCACUGAGAGGCCCACACACACGCUCACUAAGAGAGCAGCUGCGUGCCCCCCUGGAAGGUUGUGUGCAGACGAACUGGAGGGCAUACGGUCAAGACUGACUACAGUGCAGCUCAUGUCCCAGAAAGGACUGAAGGCAGCCAGAGGGGACACUGAAGACAGAGGAGAGAGACUUGAGGAUUCCUCGGAAACUUACUGUGACAAGCCACCCUUCUUGUCUCUGUCUACCCCGCUCGCCCUCUCUCAGGCAUACCGAGCCAGAUUCCAAGCUCAAAGGCCAGUCAAGCAUCACAGCUGUCCAGCGGAAGGCAGAGGUCAGAACGCAAAGGAACUGUCAGCCUCUCAGGUUGUAGAACUACUUCAUGAAAUUGAGAGACAGCUGCUGAAAAGGAGGGACACGCAGAGACUGACCAAUAGGAUGCAGCUGCAGCAGAUGAUUGGAAAGCUGGAUGAACUGGUGUUGAUACCACCAUAAACAUUAUGCUGGCUAGUUCUGCCUUACUUUUUUCACUUUCAACACAAUAACAAAUGCACGAUAUGGCUUUUUUAGACUGAUUUUGAAGGAUCAUUAUUAAGGGUUUAAAGUCAUCAUAGGACCAAUUGUUUUCCAUGUAGUGGUCCAUAAUGAUGUGUGACUGUGAAAAUGAAAGUGGAAAUGGUUGUGUCUCAA